GUUCAAUGCUCAUUUUUCGACUGAUGCUAAAAAGGUACUAACACUUUGAGUGCAGUAACUCCACAUGAUGUGAUUUGAUUGUCAUGAAAUUUUGACAGGACAUCAAUGAAAGAUGUACCUAUCCAACGCUAAUCUCCAAUAAUAGAUGGCCCUACUUGUAUUGGAUAUCUUUCAAAAGUCAUGUUUACAUUGCGAUAGACCUUGUAUUGCUAUUUGCUGCUUGUUUACCAGAUACUAUAGAAAAAAAGCUACCUAGUAUACCCUCACCAAUGCCUCAAGAUUUUCAAAAUCGAUUUCCAGUACCAAAACCAAGACAAACGAAGGGAAGGAAAUGCACAGAGAUUCGCAAGUGAGUCUUGGUAUUUUCCAAACGGCCUGCCAUCCUAUGACAUCUACUGUAAAUUGAAGGUAAAAGGUCCAACAUUUGUUCAACUUUCUGUAGGGAACAGGAAGCCCUCCGAACACUUCUCGGUAUUCUUGGUAUCGCUGUUGCAGGCUUUUAUUAAAGGCAAUCCACACCAGGCGAUCCAACGCGCGAGGCAGAAAUAUCACAAAUACUUUUUGAAGCCGACAUGGGGAGAUUCAAGGCAGGAAAAUGUGGAUACUGCACAAAUGCUCGUAAAUCAAUCCUGGAACAUCAUCAGAAUCUAAGACAAGUCCUUCAUCAGCAUCUUCGUCAUCCACUGAAUAUCAUGAUUUGCCAGCUCCACAGAACCACCACCAAAUUAAUUAAUUGAUAAUUUACAUUACCGC